AUGCCAGUUAAUGGAUAUGAAUUCAAUGCAAAUGAUGAGACUAGUUGGUAUUAUGGUCAACUAUCUCGAUCGGAAACAAAUGAUUUAUUACAUGAUCAAGAAUCUGGAACAUUUUUAGUACGUGAUUCAGCUACAUUGAAAGGUGAUUUUGUACUAUGUGUCCGAGAAGGUACGAAAACAAUGCAUUAUAUUAUAAAUAAAAUUGAAGAAGAUGGUGAAACCCCACGUUAUAAAAUUGGAAGUAAUUUUUUUGAAAGUAUGCCAACACUUCUUCGUCAUUAUACAACACAUUACCUUGAUACUACUCAAUUGCUCAAACCGCUUUCAAAACCAAAUACAAUAUCUACAAAUAAUAAUCAAAGAGAUAGUAUUUCGUCUUCCAUAACUAAUGUUGAUACAAGUCUAAGUGAAGAAUCCACUAAAAUCGAUAGUCCAUCUCAUCAAUCAUCAAAAGUAAUAUCUCAGGCAACACUUGUACUUCCAGCCAAAGCACGUGUUAUUAAAGAUAGGAUACCAAGUUUAUAUGAUAAACGUUCCUUACGUCUUCAAAUAGGUGAUUUACUUAUAGUAAAUCGUGCUGAAAGCAAUGGUCAAUGUGAAGGUACAUUAAUUAAAUCGAAUCGUCAAGGAACAUUUCCAUUUACUUAUGUCGAAUUUCUUGAUGAUGAGAAUGAACUAUCAAAUCAAGAAUAA